AUGUCGACAGUUGCAACAGCUUUGUCCGUCGCAGGGACCAGAUCAUCAGGGUCGUCGGUCAGAACUCAAAAUGUAAUGGCAGCGGCAGCUAUUGCCAACAUAGUGAAGAGUUCGCUGGGCCCUGUGGGCCUUGAUAAAAUGCUGGUAGAUGACAUUGGAGAUGUAACUGUCACUAAUGAUGGAGCUACUAUCCUCAAGAUGUUGGAAGUGGAGCACCCUGCUGCUAAAGUGCUGGUAGAGCUGGCACAGCUGCAGGAUGAAGAAGUCGGAGACGGUACCACAUCUGUUGUUAUUAUCGCUGCUGAGUUACUCAAGAGUGCAGAUGAGCUAGUGAAGAACAAAAUUCACCCCACAAGUAUUAUCUCUGGUUACCGACUAGCAUGCAAAGAGGCUGUCAAGUAUGUGCAGGACAACCUUACAGUCACUGUGGAGUCUCUAGGCAGAGCCUCUAUCGUCAAUGCUGCCAAGACCACCAUGUCUUCAAAACUUAUUGGAGCUGAUGCCGAUUUCUUCUCUGAAAUGGUAGUGGAUGCUGCACAAGCUAUCAAGGUUACAGAUUACAAAGGAAACCCCUCAUACCCAAUCAAGGCUGUUAACAUCUUGAAGGCCCAUGGACGCAGCGCCCGGGAGAGUGUCCUGGUUAAGGGUUAUGCUCUCAACUGCACUGUGGCCUCCCAGGCUAUGCCCAAGAAGAUUUUAAAUGCAAAGAUUGCAUGCCUCGACUUCUCACUCCAGAAGACUAAGAUGAAGCUUGGAGUUCAGGUCCUUGUUACCGAUCCCGAAAAACUGGAAGCCAUUCGCGCUCGUGAGCUGGACAUCACCAAAGAGCGUCUGCAAAAGAUCCUGGCGACCGGCGUCAACGUUAUAUUGUGCUCGGGCGGUAUUGAUGACCUGUGUCUUAAGUACUUCGUGGAGAAUGGCGCCAUGGGCGUGCGAAGGUGCAAGAAGGCUGAUCUCAAACGUAUCGCUAAGGCGACCGGAGCUGCCUUCCUCACAUCCCUCACAAACAUGGAGGGUGAAGAAGUAUUUGAGCCCAGCAUGAUUGGAGAGGCUGCUGAAGUUGUACAAGAACAGAUCUGUGAUGACCAACUUAUUCUUAUUAAGGGCCCAGCAGCGCGCACGGCUGCGUCAAUAAUCCUCCGCGGGCCGACGGACGCGUAUUGUGACGAGAUGGAGCGCUCCGCCCACGACGCGCUGUGCGCAGUGCGCCGCGUGCUGGAGUCAGGGCGGCUCGUGCCCGGCGGCGGCGCCGUCGAGGCUGCGCUCUCCAUCUACUUGGAGAAUUUCGCCACCACACUGAGCUCCCGCGAGCAGUUAGCGAUUGCCGCCUUCGCGCAGUCGUUGCUUGUCAUCCCGAAGACGCUAGCCGUAAACGCCGCGCGAGAUGCUACAGAUCUUGUUGCUAAGCUGCGCGCCUAUCACAACUCUUCACAAACUAAGGUUGAACAUGCCAACCUGAAAUGGGUAGGUCUAGACCUGACAGAAGGUGUGUUGCGUGAUAACUUAGCUGCAGGAGUCCUUGAGCCAGCCAUCUCCAAGGUGAAAUCUCUCAAGUUCGCGACAGAAGCCGCAAUCACGAUUCUCCGUAUCGACGACAUGAUCAAAUUGGAUCCCGAAGAAAAGGGCAGGAGCUACGAAGAUGCGUGUCACGCCGGAGAACUAUAA